AUGGCGCUGGAGCUGGGGCCGAAGGGCGUGCGGACCAACGUCGUCGCGCCUGGAUAUAUCGAUACGCCGACGAACUCGGGCGUGGUCAAGGGCGGGGAGGACGUGAUGCGAAUGGAGGACGGCAACAGCCUCGGUCGACUCGGGACUCCCGAAGAGAUCGCGGACGUGGUAGCUUUCUUGAUGAGCGAGGAAGCGAGGAUUAAGACGGACAAAAUGUUCUACGCACAACUUGUUGGACUGGAGCCCCAUGUGGAGUCUACGCAGCAGCUAGCUGAGAGCGAGCGAGGAGGCCGUUCUGCAUGGCAACAGCAGCUAUGGGGUGGCAUUUACUUGAUGGAGGUUGGAGCGGCAGCGUGCGAGUAA